AUGAACCUCAUCAUGUCAUCUAUCGCUAUCACAGCCCUGAUUUCCCUAAUCUUGGCUAUAAUCGCAUUUUGGCUUCCUACUUUAAACCCAGAUAACGAAAAACUAUCCCCAUACGAAUGUGGCUUUGACCCAUUAGGAAGCGCACGCCUCCCAUUUUCCCUACGUUUUUUCCUAGUAGCAAUUCUAUUUCUCUUAUUUGAUCUAGAAAUCGCCCUCCUUCUCCCCCUUCCAUGAGGAAACCAAUUAUCAACACCCUCCCUUACCAUACUCUGAGCAUCAAUUAUUAUUAUCCUAUUGACCCUCGGUCUAAUCUAUGAAUGACUACAAGGAGGACUUGAAUGAGCAGAAU